UGUAUCAAAAAGUACAAAGUUUUCUUAUCACCUUAGCUAAAAUCAAUGGCGAACCCAAACUCUCUUCCACUCUAUGAAAAAUAUUGGUACAAACACAAUUACAAAAGGGUAUUAGAUAGCUUUAUUUUAAUCCUCCUUUUGUUGCUACUUGGUUAUCGUAUUAUUUCUAUUAACAACUACUCUUUCCAUUGGUUUGUUGCUUUAAUAUGCGAAUUAUGGUUCACCUUAUCUUGGGUUUUCACCAUCUCCACUCAAUGGAAUCCAGCUCUAAUCAAAACCUACCCUCAUCUUCUCCUUCAAAGUGUGCAAGAACUUCCACCAGUGGAUUUGUUUGUAACAACAGCAGACGAUGAGCUAGAACCACCCAUAAUCACAAUGAACACUGUGUUAUCAUUAUUAGCACUUGAUUAUCCAUCUCACAAGCUAGCUUGUUAUGUUUCCGAUGAUGGAUGUUCUCCUUUAAUCUUCUAUGCUCUUCAAGAAUCUUCAAAAUUUGCUAAACAUUGGGUACCUUUUUGUAAAAAGUACAAAAUACAAGUUAGAGCUCCAUUUAGAUACUUUUGUGAUGAUGAGUGUACCACAAAUAAUGAAGAAUUCAAUCAUGAAUGGCUACGAAUGAAGCGUAUGUAUGAAAAUCUUAGCCAUAAAAUAGAAGUGGACCCAAAAUCAAUCCCAAGCUUACUUGAAGGAGAAUUUGAUGUUUUCUCAAACACUCAAAGGACCAAUCAUCCAACCAUAAUAAAGGUUAUAUGGGAGAACAAGGAAAUGGUUGAAGAUGGAUUGCCACAUUUGAUAUACAUAUCUAGAGAGAAGAGGCCAAAGCAACCACAUCAUUUCAAAGCCGGUGCCAUGAAUGUGUUGACAAGAGUCUCUGGAUUGAUUACCAAUGCACCAUUUAUGUUGAACGUGGAUUGUGACAUGUUUGUAAAUAAUCCAAAUAUUGUUCAACAUGCAAUGUGCAUUUUGCUUGAUUCGAAAGGAGAGAAAGAAGUUGCUUUUGCUCAAUGUCCUCAACAAUUCUAUGCUACACUCAAAGACGAUCCUUUUGGAAAUCAAAUGACAAUUUUGUUAAAGUACCUUGGAGCUGGAUUAGCGGGACUCCAAGGAAUUUUCUAUGGUGGAACAAACUGCUUUCAUAGAAGAAAAGUUAUUUAUGGUCUUUCCCCAGAUGACGUGGAAAAUGAAGGGAGGAUAUAUUCACCAAAUGAUAUCAAUGUUACAAAAGCUGUUGAAGAAGCCACUCAAGUUGCUUGUUAUGGAUAUGAAUAUGGCACUGGCUGGGGUAAACAGGUGGGUUGGAUAUAUGGAUCAAUAACAGAAGAUGUACUAACUGGAUUGACAAUACACAAAAAAGGUUGGAGAUCAGAAUUAUGUACACCAGAUCCAGUUGCCUUCAGAGGUUGUGCUCCAAUUGGUGGCCCAACAUCAAUGGCCCAACAUAAGAGAUGGGCCACAGGCAUGCUUGAGAUCUUUUUUAGCAAACAUUGUCCUAUUUUUGGUACCAUUUUUGGUAAACUUUCUUUCAGGCAAUUCUUAGCUUAUAUGUGGAUCAUGAAUUGGGGCUUUAAUCCAGUUGCCCUAGUAUGCUACUCUUGUCUCCUUCCAUAUUGCAUCAUUACCAACUCCAAUUUCCUCCCAAAGGAUUGGGGGAUAUGCAUUCCUAUUGCAUUAAUUGUGACAUACAUGGUAUAUACUCUAGUAGAAUACUUGAUCUCAGGGAUGACAAUUAGAGCAUGGUGGAACAAUCAAAGAAUGUCAUUAAUAACACCUAUGAAUGCUGGAUUUUGUGGAUUUAUUACUAUCCUACUUAAAUUGUUGGGCAUAUCUAACACAAUUUUUGACAUAACAAAAAAAGAUAUCCCUUCUUCUAGUGAUGAAGUGCAAGAUAAGGAUGCUAGUAGACACACUUUCGACAAGUCGUUAGUUUUUUUGCCAGGAACUACCAUAUUGUUGUUGCAAUUGACAUCAAUAUUUAUCAAGUUGUUUGGGUUUCAACCACAAGGGUUAAGUGAGAAUUAUGAAUGUGGAGUGGCUGAGAUGUUAUGUAGUGUUUAUUGGAUCAUGUCUUAUUGGCCAUUUCUUAGAGGAUUAUUUGAGAGAGGGAAAUAUGGAAUUCCUUUUUCUACAAUUAGGAAAGGGGCAGCUAUGACAUGUCUUUUUGUUUUUCUAUGUAGAAGUACAAUUUCUAGUUGAUAUAUGUUGUAUUCAAUGAAAAUAUGUUGAUUAUAUGUUUGACAAUAUUUUUUAAAACAUUGUUGAUA